CGGGCGGGUGGGGUCCUGCGCUCCCUGGCACCUGCCCGGAUGCUGCGGGAGGCGUCGCCGCCAGCGGCCCGACAGUUCGCGCGCACGGAGAGGGCCGGUUGGACUUUCCCCACGGGGCGAAGACCUUUAUCCGACCGACCGACGGUCGUUGGCGAGGGGCUUGUUCUUAGCAGAGGAGGCUUUUCUAGGCCCGUGCCCGUGGUGGUUUUCCCCCUUCAUCGCAGCCUUUAAAGAUGCUCGUUGCCGAAGCUCUGCGCUCUCGGUCCGCACCUCUGCUAUCGAUCCCUGCUCUUUCAUCUUUCUGGCUGGCUGAUCCCCUGCAGCCUGGCAAGCGGCUCGCUCCUCUGCGCCAUGAUCACGCGGGGGGCGGUGCUGGUGGGGGUGGGGACUUGCCCCAUCAUUUGUUGAGUUCUUGCUGCUGACCCCAUAGAGGAGAAUAUCAACUCCUGCCCCAGUCUCCUUCCACAAGGAAGGUCAGAGGAGCUUCUUUAAAGGGUCCUGGCAUGGCACUCAAGGCCUUCUUCCCUACCUGCUGCGCUUCAGCUGACAGCGGCCUGCUGGUGGGUCGCUGGGUCCCCGAGCAGAGCAGUGCUGUGGUCCUGGCUGUGGUGCACUUCCCCUUUGUCCCCGUGCAGGUCAAGGCGUUCCUGGCGCAGGUGCAGCAGGCCAGCCGGGUGGGCGUGGCUGUGCUGGGCACCUGGUGCCUCCAUCGCCAGGAGCCGGAGGAGAGCCUGCACCCCUUCCUGGAGGGCCUGGGUGCCAUCUUCUCCCAUGAGCCCUGGCUGCAGCUGUCCCGCGAGCAGGGAGGCUUGUCCUGGAGAUGCAGGGCCACUCGCUGGCGGGCAUCCCCCGAUGCCGGCGAGGACCAGGUCAUGCUGGUCUUCUACGAUCAACGGAAAGUGCUGCUGUCCCUGCUGCACCCGCCCACAGUCCCGCCCGACCACCAGGCUGGAGAUGCCCCGGCCAGUGUGGGGGGCCUGGCUGCCGUGUUCGACACCGUAGCACGCAGCGAGGUGCUCUUCCGUAGUGACCGCUUCGAUGAGGGCCCUGUGCGGCUGAGCCACUGGCAGUCGGAGGGUGUGGAGGCCAGCAUCCUGGGGGCACUGGCGAAGCAGGCCUCGGGGCCUGUCUGCCUGCUGCUGGCUAGCCUGCUGUCACUGCUCUCGGCUGCCAGCUCCUGCUGCUGCUGUCUGCCCUGCCCUGGAAGGCGUCUAUGUUCUACAGGCACGCAGCCUGCCCAGGCCUGCUCUCCCCGACCUGCCACCCAGCCACUCUGGACACUGGAGCGCUCCCUAAAGCAUCUGCAUGGGGUGCUGAGGCUGUGGCCACUGUCCUUCGUGGGGAGCAAGCUGUGCACGUGCGAGCAGCUGCGGCACCGGCUGGAGCACCUCACACUGGUCUGUAGCUCCCAGGCGGCCCAGAGCCCUGCCCAGCUGAUGAGGAAGGCCAACGUGCUCGUCUCGGUGCUUCUGGAUGUGGCCCUGGGCCUGGCACUGCUGUGCUGGCUCCACGGGAAGAACCGCCUCGGGCAGCUGGCUGACGCCCUCGUCCCUGCGGCCGACUACCUGGCAGAGGAGCUCCAGCGCCUACUGCAGUGGCUGAUGGGCGCCCCCGCAGGGCUCAAGGUGAACCGUGCGCUUGACCAGGUGCUGGGCCGCUUUUUCCUGUACCACAUCCACCUGUGGAUCAGCUACAUCCACCUCAUGUCUCCCUUCGUGGAGCGCAUCCUGUGGCACGUGGGGCUUUCGGCCUGCCUGGGUCUGACAGUGGCCCUGUCCAUCCUCUCCGACAUCAUUGCCCUCCUCACCUUCCACAUCUACUGCUUCUACGUCUACGGAGCCAGGCUGUACUACCUCAAGGUGUAUGGGCUGUGCUCGCUCUGGCGCCUGUUCCGGGGGAAGAAGUGGAACGUUCUGCGCCAGCGAGUGGACUCCUGCUCCUACGACCUGGAUCAGCUGUUCAUCGGGACUCUGCUCUUCACCAUCCUGGUCUUCCUCCUGCCCACCACAGCCCUGUACUACCUGGUGUUCACCCUGCUCCGGCUUCUGGUGGUCACUGUGCAAGGCCUGGUCCACCUGUUCGUGGACCUCAUCAACUCCCUGCCGCUGUACUCGCUUGGCCUCCGGCUCUGCAGGCCCUAUAGGCUGGCAGCUGGUGUGAAGUUCCGUGUUCUGGAGCACCAGGCUGGCAGGCCUCUCCGCCUUCUAAUGCAGAUAAACCCACUGCCCUACAGCCGCGUGGUGCAAGCCUAUCGCCUCCCCAGCUGUGGCUGCCGCCCCACACACUCCUGGGGCUCCCUGUGCCGCAAGCUGCUCUCUGGGGAGCUCAUCUACCCUUGGAGACAGAGGGAGAGGCCGGCCUGCCGGCUUAGCCGCGUGCCCGCCAGCCUCCUACUUUGUCAGGGUGGCACUGACUGGGGCCUGGACACCCCUAGAUGUGGGCGAGCCUCUGCUCACCCCAUUCUCCAGCACCAUGCAGGUUGCGGGCAUGCCCACCAGGGGACCAGCCUGAGCCGUCACGAGCAUGCCCUCCCUGAUGCCCAGCAGCUCCCAGACCCUGGGACAGCCGCUGCCUCUGCUCACAGCCCCCUGAGCUGGCAGUUUGCCCAUCUGCACUCCCUGGGGGCUGCUUUGUGGAGGAGCCACCAACCAGCAUUUGGCCCUUGCUUCAGUCAGGCUAGCAGGGCUGCCUUGCACCUCAGCAAGCAGUCUCUGGACAUGGUCUGGCACUUGGGCCGCCUGCCUGCCAAGUGCAGGAGUUGCAGGAGGUGUGGGGGUGCCCAGGGUACCGGAUCAAUGUGUCUGUACUGCAGGCAGGAGGAGACUGCUCCUGUCCACGCGGACCGCCCAUGGUGGGUGGGUGGGUGGGUCCUGACCCUGCCUCAUGUCAAUAAAACCUCCACUGGUCCCCCCAAGGUGCACGCUCAAUCAUUCUUAUCCCACUGGGCAGUGGGACUGGGGGUGUGUGUGGUCAGGCUAGGGGUGUGCAGACACUCUGGUCUGGGCCUCCUUACUUGGGCUUGCCUGGAGAGGGUGCUGGCUGUCCAGCCCCAGGCCCUUGAGGGCUCCUUGGGGCAGGAUACCCCUCCCCGGCCAGACUGAGCUGACCCUGCUCCCCUAUAGCCUCCAGAGGCCUCAGGGCUUGUGCCCUGUCUGCAGUCCCACAGGUGAGCUGGAGCAGAGAGGUCCCUCAGUAGCCCCAGGCCUGUGGCUCCACCAGGACCAGUGGGAACUGGCUAGAAGUCGGCCGUAUCUUGCACAGGGCCUGGGCCUGCACAGACUGCCAAGAUCCCAGCGCUGGGGGCUGCUUCCUGUGGUUACAUGCAGGCUCCACCGGGCACCGUCGACCAGGUGCAGUUGACUCGAAGUGCAGUUGUGGGGGCCUCCACACUUCCUGUGCGUACCCGUCUGUCCAUCUGCUUUGGGCUCCCAUUGAGCAGGCCCUACCCCAGCCAUUGCCCUGUGCCGGCCAUGUCACAGGCUGUAUAGCAGUUGUCACCCUGUGCUGGAUGCUGGACUGUCUGUCUGAGGCCAGCCCAGUCCUGGCACCAGAGCUGGCGGGGGCAGGGCGGUCUGCCUUGCCAUCAAGGUGCCACCUGUACUGCAGGCCUGGCCUGGCCUGACUCCCCUUGGGCUGGCUUCCCGCUAUUCCGGCCUGGGCAGAGCCUCGCAGAAACGUCAGGGCCAGCCUACAAGCGGGCAUAUGCCACUCAAUAGCUGGGGCUGCCUAGAGAACAAAGCUCAGAGAGGGCAGGCAGCUUGCCCAAGGCCACACAGCAGCACAGGCCCGACCAUCACGCUGCCCCCCUUGCCUGUGCUCUGCUGGGCUUGGAGACCUGAAGGGAUCUUGAACAUGGGAGACACCGCAGUGCCUCCCUCAGCAGGUGUGGCCACAUCUGCUCUCAGCCCGGCUCUCCUAGACUUCAGCAUGGAUUUCUGAGGACACAGGUGUCAACUUACAUGGUCGUGGAGCAGAGGUCACAGUCGGGACUUGAACAUGGAUUCAGUGUGCAUCUCACCUGCCGGCCUGGACCCCGCACACAGUGACACCUCCUGGCAGCCCUGUGGCCUGUCCCCUCGGAGGCCUCUGGUCACAAGCCUUGUCCAGGACAUGGAGGCUGCGCUGGGCAGGCAGGCACCAGGAGCCCUGACAGGGCAGGGUUGGACAGGACCCACAGUGGGGCCACUGCCAGCCACAGCUCAGGCACACGCAGAUGUCAGCUAGGUCACUGGUCAAGGUGCUGCCCAUCGGGUCCUUGUAGCUGGUCGUUCAGGGACAUCUGAGCCCUUGCAACACCCUGUCCCUCGUCACUCUUGCAGGCACCACUGUCUCCAACACUGCCCACUGCUGAUGUUAGUGGGCAGAGGACAGAACACUCCCAGGCCUCUCAUUUUGCCGACUUGGACAGACUCCAUCCGGAGGCUGGGCCUCAGCCCUCACCCAAAGACAGUGGACGUGGGGACUGCGAGGGGAUGGUGUUGGGGGCCUUCCUUGAGAAGCUGCUCAGGUGCCCCUCGACUGCCCCUGUGGGCUGCCCCACACUUCUGAGCGGGGCUUCUGUUUGCACACUCCUGGGCUCCUGCUCCUCCACCCUGGGUCCUGCCACGCAGCACCCCUCUGACCAUGCAACUGGGCUCAGGGCCCAGACCCGCGUGGGUUCCUGCAGCGCCUUUCCACCCUGAGGUCCGGGACAGCAACACGGGCCUAGUUCUGAGUCUGCCCUGCGAGCAGGUCUCGCCCUUCAAGACGAGACGUGGGCCUGUGUUGGGCUUCCUCGUGCCCAGGGGCCCCUGUUGGCCAGGCAGCUGCUGGCGGAGAGCGCUUCUCACCAGCAUCCUCAGCGCAGGCGCUCCUGUCCCUGGAGGGGCAGCGGUCUCAUAGCGGCCCGGGGGAAGGCCGAGCGCGGCGAGUGGGGGUGCCCGCUGGGGACCAGUGUCCAGGGAAAGGCCACUGCUGGCAAGGACACGGUCCUCCGGACUGCCAGUGAGUUGCUGGCCCUGCCCUCCCCUAGCCAGGAGCGCCCAGGAGGCCUCUCCCUCAGGCAGGCGAGGACGCCAGGGCUGCCCACCACCUGGGCGCCAGCUCCUGGGCCGACGGGCGGCCAUCCUGGCCUGUGACCCGCAGCGGGCUCUGUCCAGGCCGCAUGCCUCGCCGGGGGCGCCCCUCCGACCGAGGCAGUGUCCCGACGGCCGCGCCUUCCGCUCACACCUGCCCCGGGGUGCGCGCUGCGCCCGAACCCGGCCUUCUCAUCCAGCGCACAAGCCCAUGAGUAGGCUGCGCCGGGCGCGCCGAGUCUCAGCCCCGCGGCGACCGCGCUCCGCAGCCG